UCUCACAUCUAUCAUCUCAAUCCUAUAUAUCCCCCGCACACCCCUCCAGCCUGGCCUGCCUCCCAACCCCGGCUUCCACCCACCUCCGUCAGCUUUCCCGCCUCCUCCGAGAUGGCUUUCUGGUCUAGGACCAAGACCAACUCGAAGCAAGGCUUCGAUGUUGUUUAUGGAUGGGUAGAUAAAUUAGGGAAGCCUAUCAAUCGCAUGUCAAAUAAACUGGGCUCAGAAGCAUUUUGGCCCACAACCCUCGACCAGGAAUCCGACAAAGCUGCGAGGAUCCUGAGAAGUUUCUGUAAAGAUGGCUUCUACCAGGAAGAAGACCGUCCCUCCACCGAUGGCCCGAAUCCAAAGUCAAAGCAAAGAGUCCUGAAGACGAUACCCCCAGAGAUUAUCAAAAAUGCAAAAGGUCUUGCCAUUUUCACUACCAUGAGGACUGGGCUCUGGGUGUCUGGGGCUGGUGGUAGUGGCGUACUCAUUGGUCGCAAACCAGACGGGACAUGGUCCCCACCUUCGGGCAUCAUGCUACACACGGCCGGUCUGGGCUUUUUGGUGGGCGUGGACAUAUAUGAUUGCGUCAUUGUCAUCAAUACACAAGAGGCUCUCGACGCCUUCUCGACGAUUAGGUGUACAUUGGGCGGAGAGAUCAGCGCCGUCGCAGGUCCUAUCGGGGUAGGUGGUGUCGUGGAAUCCGAAGUUCACAAGCGACAAGCCCCCCUCUUCACAUAUCUCAAGUCUCGAGGUUUCUACGCUGGUGUCCAAAUCGACGGAACGAUCGUAAUCGAGCGGAGCGACGCGAACGAAGCAUUCUACAAAGAGCGCAUAGGGGUGAAGGACAUAUUGGCAGGAAAAGUGCGCCAUCCUCCUUAUGAAACCAGAAAACUGUUGGAAACAGCCAGGGCCGCGCAAGGAGAAACAAGCAUAGACGAAGCUUUCAUCACCAGCGAGCCACCGCCGGGUGACUACGAGAUUGAGCAGGCGGACGAGAAGCUCUUCGGUGUUCCCGCCAAGGAAGAUCCCGAUCCAUUCGGGGUACUGGCGCUGGAAAAUGCUGGACUGGAGAUACGAGAAGCGGGUACACAAAAACGGCCUACAAGCGAACAAUUCGAGUUCAACCCUUCACCUACUAGCCCAGUAUAUGCCACUUUCAGGAAAAGCUUCGAUCGCUCAAGCUAUGACGGUCGGAAUAGUAGCCGGCGCUCGAGUUGGAGAACAAGCACGAUUAGCAGUGUUCUUGAAACCAAAGCCCCAGCCAUGGUCAGUAUGGGAACACAAACUGACUUGGACCAACCGACAACCAUCCAUGUGCCACCGUCACUACCGCCUAGAAACGUCCAUACACCAAGUCCUACACUUGCCGACAUCCCUGAGACGAAACCAGUCCACGACACACAAGUAAUCCCAGAAAUCCAGAAACCGUCCUCUAUAAAAUCCAACUCACCGCCUACCAGCCCAACACGGCUUUCCAGAGCUUUUGAUGAGGUUGAUCUGGAGGAGGACGAAGAUGAGGAAGAGCCAGUCAUCGCAGAAGUUCACCAAGCUGCCGCGCCACAAACUAUUACACGAGCCCGCAUUGUGCAAGUUGCGAAGCCUAUCCCCCCCAAAGUCCCCCCCAGAAACCCCUUCCGCCCUCGCAUUUCCGGUGACCCUAACGUGGAUGACGCUAAUCAAGUCGACUCUGCAACUUCUACGCCUGAGCUCAAAGCAGAUGGCUCUUCCGCUUCUUCGCUCUCUUCCAUUGAAGCAUUCGAGCACGAGAGCAAGCAGUUACAAUCCAAGCCUUCGGAUAACAUCAAACAACAAGACAAACUGGAAGACCUCCCAUCACUUCCAGACUCUCCGAUCAAAACGAUGCCGGGUGGGUUCAACUGA